AUGCCCACAGUAUUGCCAGUGCAUUUUGGGCUCGUUGACGACGAGCUUCCAAGCUGCUCAAGCCUCGAACCUGACGACGAGGACUGGGAUUCUUUAGACACGGCUGAAGGUCCAUCUCAGGAAAGAGACAACAGCCCUUUGUGUGCUGACUCUCCACAAGAUGUGGACAUUGCACCAAUUCCUAUAGCGCCCACUUACUUCGAGAGGGUCGAUGCGAAACCAGUGCUGCGAUCGCGGGACCCGUCCCCCAUUGGGAUUGGCCAGCGGACAGUGUCGCGCCCAACCACGCCCAUGAAGAAGAACGAGGUGGGGCGAGGGGUACCUUUCCGCAGGCCCACACCUCCAGUGACCCCAAAAGACGUAGAUUUCGGUCCAGCUUGUGAUGCACAAGCCAGGAUCAGACGAAUCAUCUCCCGUCACGAGGUGAAGGACCCCGAUCACGACCCGGGGCCUUCGAGUCCGGCAGUGCCAGCGAUACCAAUCGCCCCAGCUGCUUGGACCGUUCCGGUUGUGCCACCCCCUGGCCAUGCUGGCCCUCAUAUCCUAGAGGAUUCCAGAGGAACCCUUGGUGAGCCUGACCUCGGGCUACCAGGCACAGUUAUGGACCCCAUCUUGGAGGAUGGAGGUAUAGUGGUUGGAACGUCGAGAAGCCGGGCCUCCAGCCGUGCAUCCCGGCGGUCGACCACGCGAUCGUCGUUCCCGUGGAUGGCAAGUCCAUCGGGCCUGCGGGACAUUGAUGAAGGCAUACCUAUAGCUGGCACUGGACCUCGUUACGCGGGCACACCUGCUCAGGCUGCAGAGGCCUUGCUCAACGGAGUGCCGGAGGCUCUCGAGGCAGCUCAUUCGUUUUCCUCCGCUCCUGACGCUAGAGGAGCGGCUGCGAAGGCGUCCAUGCCUAGACACGUUGCUUGCAUACGCAAGCAAGUACUCGCUUCCAGGCGAUUGGAGGAGUUGGAUUUGUGCUCGUUGGGUAGUACUCCGAGAAGGCAGCGCCCGGAUCCCGCGCCCAACGGCUGA